AGCUUCUCCACUUCACUCUUUUUUUCCCCUCAAUAAUAUUAUUUUCUCAUCUUCCUUCAAUUAAAUCGCCCAAUCCAACAUAUCAAACACUUUGUUAUCUCCGCCCCCUUCCUAAUUCAUAUAUAUAGUUAUAGGUGGCAUUUGAGUUCUCAAUCUGAUACUCCAUUUUUUCUUUGUUUUGUUUUAUUCGUGGGUUUUUCUAAAUGGCUGCUAUUAUACAAGGAAUUGGUGCUGCUACUGCACUUUCCUCAGCCAAUUCUUUGGAUUCCAAGAAAUCACUUUUCGCCAAUUCUCGCAGAUCUUUUUCAGAGAGGAAAGGAAGUUUUUGUGUGGUCGGAUCUGAUGGGCGUUUGAGCUAUUCUUUGAACCGACGUGGCGGUGGGGGAAGAGCUGAACAAAUAAUUACUAAUGCAGUUGCUGCAAAAGAAAAUACUGCUGCUGCUUCUACUUCAUCCAAGCCGGGGCAUGAACUGUUGCUCUUUGAGGCCCUCCGCGAAGGGCUUGAAGAAGAGAUGGACAGAGAUCCUACUGUUUGUGUAAUGGGUGAAGAUGUCGGCCAUUAUGGAGGUUCGUACAAGGUGACUAAAGGCCUUGCUCCAAAGUAUGGUGAUCUCAGGGUUCUCGACACUCCCAUUGCUGAGAACUCUUUCACUGGUAUGGGAAUUGGUGCUGCAAUGACUGGCCUGCGUCCAGUUAUUGAGGGAAUGAACAUGGGAUUUCUUCUUCUAGCCUUCAACCAGAUAUCUAACAACUGUGGUAUGCUCCACUACACAUCUGGUGGCCAGUUUAAGAUACCAGUCGUCAUUCGAGGUCCUGGUGGAGUUGGUCGACAGCUUGGAGCAGAGCACUCUCAGCGCCUCGAGUCAUAUUUCCAGUCAAUUCCUGGAAUCCAAAUGGUUGCCUGCUCAACCCCUUACAAUGCCAAGGGCUUGAUGAAGGCGGCUAUUAGGAGUGACAACCCUGUGAUUCUGUUUGAGCAUGUUUUGCUCUACAACCUCAAGGAGAGAAUUCCAGACGAAGAGUACGUGUUGAAUCUUGAAGAAGCAGAGAUGGUAAGACCUGGGGAGCAUGUUACCAUUUUAACUUAUUCCAGGAUGAGGUAUCACGUGAUGCAGGCUGCGAAGACCCUUGUGGACAAGGGUUAUGAUCCUGAGGUCAUUGAUAUCAGGUCAUUGAAACCAUUUGACCUUCACACCAUCGGAAAUUCAGUGAAGAAAACUCACCGUGUGCUCAUCGUUGAGGAAUGUAUGCGGACAGGAGGUAUUGGUGCCAGCUUGACAGCCGCUAUAACUGAGAACUUCCAUGACUAUUUAGAUGCCCCAAUUGUUUGUCUGUCAUCACAGGAUGUGCCAACCCCGUAUGCUGGGACGUUAGAGAACUGGACUGUUGUCCAACCUCCCCAGAUUGUUACUGCAGUUGAACAGCUUUGCCAGUGAUCAAGUGGUAGAACCAUUUGGUAGUUACGCCAUUUCGUUGUCAUAGUUCGACUUCUGAUUGUUAGUUAAAAUGUCUGAUCUUGUUAUAGAUUUGAGUUUGUGGGUCUUUCAAGUUCAGUUAAGGUGAGAUGUGUCUGUUGUUUCGUUAUCUAGUACCUACACCUAUAUGGUAUUUAGAUUUUUUUUUAUAUACUGGUAAGGUUAAAAGACUUGAUUGAAACAUGAUCAUUUUUUCUUUGUUUCAUUUGAGAUUAAUUUCUUAACUUUGUACCUGAUAAUUGAAGCGAGUUGUUUUACAUUUAAAUA